GUAUUAGUAAGAGGUGAUAUGUUUUUAUCAGAAUUUCGAGAUUCUAUAGAAUGUGUCAAUGAUCUAGCUAUUGGUGGAGAUUUCAGUGAAAAUUUAGAAAUGGCAGAACAUGCUAUUCCUUGUAAGGAAACAAUGAAGUCUGGAUUUUUAUACAUAGAAGGAACAUUUUAUAAUGAUACAAGGUUUGCUGAUAACAGAGACUAUAGCAGAUCUAUCAUAGAUUGGAUGAAAAAUUCCUGUCAAUCUACAAUAGAUUAUAAAACAGCUUCUAUGGAAAAUGUGAGAUUUAUAGAUUUAUCUAUAAAAUUAGGAGAACCCUAUUUAUAUAUGCAUCAAGGAAAUUGUGAACACACCUUUAAUUUUAGUGAUGUAAGAAUGUUGAACUCUGAUGACAGUAGAAAUAUUGAUGAUUAUCCUUUUGUUUUAUCACAAAAAGUAAAAAGAAGAGUAUUAUGUAAAUCAUGUAUGACUUAUACAGCUAAAUGGCAAGUAGAAGAGAGUAACCUAACACCAACAGAACCAUGUUAUUUAUGUGAUGGUUGUCUUCGGUGUUUACAUUAUGAUAAAGAUGGCAAUAAAGUUGGACAUUUUAAAGCUUUCAAGUUUGCUGAUACUUUCAGUAAAAGAAAUAAAGUCGACUGA